AUGAGUUUAUUCAAGUCUCACCUUCGGAGCAUCUUCUUAAUCUUUUCGUAUGUCCAGUUAGUCGUGUCCGCCAGUCACCCCAAGUCACCCGGUUUCCAUAAAACUUCGGGAAAGAAAGUCCACAGUUUAUCAUCAAAAGCUACAGGUAACAUACUUCAAAUCACUGGUGGCGGCAGCGCUGCCCCCCAAGCACCGAAGGAUAACGAUCAACUCAAAGCCUGGUUGGCGGAUGAUGUCCCGCGAGUUAUUUUAAUCAAGACGACCUUUGAUUUCACUUCACCCAAAGUUAACGUGUCCUCUCCGGGCUGUAUACCUUGGGCGCCAUGUCAGAAUGGUAACCAAAUCCAGCAAGCAAGAGAUUUCAAUAAUUGGUGCUCAAAGUUUUACAGCACGCACAAGCCUGCCCAGGUUUCGUAUCAUGAAGCUCCUUUAGAACCUUUGGUGGUUAAGAGUAACAAGACAAUAUUAGGUGUCGGUUCGUCUGGUGUGUUGCGAGGAAAGGGAUUGGUUUUACACAAUGCUCAUAAUGUUAAAAUACAGAAUAUCAUCAUCACUCAGCUGAAUCCCUCAAUAGUUUGGGGCGGAGACGCAAUAAUGUUGGAUGGGGUUUCUGAUGUCUUGAUUGAACAUUGCACUUUCAGCCUUGUGGGUCGACAGAUGAUUGUGACGGGUGGCAUGUUUUCUUCGGAAGCCAAUACGAAUGUCUUCCUUAUGAACAAUCUGUUUGAUGGCCGUACCGACUGGUCGGCCCGUUGUCAAAACCGUCACUACUGGACUGUGCUCAUCUCGGGCCCUGCAGACACCGUUACAAUGGCCAAUAACUGCUUCGAUUCAACUUCCGGCAGAAGUCCGAAAACCGGAGGGGCUGGAAGCCCAAACGUUCUCGUUCACUACUAUAACAACCUCCAUACCAACAUUGUUGGCGAGACCUUUGAGAUCGCCUCCGGGAGCACUUUCCUCGCCGAAGGGAAUGUCAUCAAGAGCGCGCAAUUCGAAAACCCGGGUGAUCAAGUAACUGACCGUGGGGGAAACGCAUACAUUCCGUUCCUCGAUGCGGAUGCUCAGGCGUGUCAGGGACCCUUGGGACGUCCAUGCGUGAAGAACUUGAUCAUCCAGUCUUCACAAUACAAGUUCGGGUUGAAGAAAGUAGCCUUGCAAGCGUUUCAAAAAAGGCCACCUCCUAAUUUUGGGCCCAUAAAAGCAGCCUCUGACAUCGUAAACGGAGUUCCUGGCGGCUGUGGUGUUGGUCACAUCUGA